AUGAAAUGCACCAUCGUUCGAGUAGCUUCAGUUUUCGUCAAGAGUGGUGGCACAAAGAUUCGCCUGACAGGAGGGGAGCCCACAGUUCGGAAAGACUUUCCCACGCUUCUUCGUCGAGUAGGCGCAUUGCCAGGUUUAAGGACAUUCGCCAUCACGACCAACGGCGUUCGUCUUCUUCGCCUGAUUCCCGAACUUAAGGCUGCACAGGUGAACGCAGUAAACGUCAGCCUCGACAGCUUGGAUCCAACGCGUUACAGGGCGGUUACCGGCGUCAAUGCGUUUCAUCGCGUCUGGGAGGGAAUUAUGCAGCUUCUAGCCGAGAACUUUUGCGUGGUGAAGCUAAACGUCGUUUUGCUUCGACACGUGAACGCAGAUGAAAUCGAAGCGUUUGCGGCUCUUACCAGAGACUUGCCCCUUCACGUUCGCUUCAUCGAAUUCAUGCCUUUCCAAGGAAACGACUGGAGUCGCGAGGCAGUUGUGCCGAAGCAGGAAAUUCUCGCGCGCUUGCGUCAGAAGUAUCCGAACCUUCGGCCUGUGCAGAAAAGAGAAGAAAAUUCGCAGACCACGGGGGCCGCUCGAGUGUACAGACACCGCAGCGACGGCGAAGCCAUGGAGGCAAGAGGGACGGGAGAAGACGGAAAAGUGUCUGAAGGGACGGGCUGUUUUGCCGAGAAGACUGAAACCACAGACGCUUGGAAAACAGACAAUCAACACGGAGACGAAGAAGAGGGCAGUGCUUCGCUGUUUGUCGUUCCGGAGCACGCGGGAGGUGUCGGAAUAAUUUCGUCCGUGACAGAUGCCUUUUGCGCCUCGUGCAAUCGAAUUCGAUUGACGGCGGAUGGGCAUCUGAAAAAUUGUCUCUUUUCUCCCGUGGAAUUCUCUGUCCUUCCAGCUUUGCGACCGUCCUGUCCCUUCCCUGCCGACUGUUCGUUUCCUGUUUCCCGUGGAGAGGCGAGCGAGGAAACGAAACUCAGGCAGAUUUUUGCUGAGGCGCUUCGAGAGAAGAAAGAAUCUCACGGAGGAAUAUUGAACGUCGCAAGAGACGCCAACAGAAACAGACCUAUGAUUCGCAUAGGCGGAUGA